AUGUGGUGCAAAGUCGGAUGUAUGAAUGAUCGUGACGAUUUUGCCGAGUUAGUCGGUAGUGCUCGGAGUGUUACAAAGUGUUCUUCGUUUCAUUUUAAUGGUCGAAUUCGUUAUGGAACAAAAGGUGAAAAAGUUGAAGAGCGUCUUCUGUGCAUGGACACGGUUAAAGUCUACAUUUGCUCAGUGAAGACUCCAGUUAAAAUUGAAUCGCAAUUUAACAUUCUUUCCAUAAAAUUGAUCGAACAUAUAUCUGAUUCUCAAGUUUUAAUCGAAGCUGAUGAAAAACAAAUUCAUACACUAUAUGGACUGCAUGAUAAAUCAUCUCUCCAACCGUUCCUCAUCGUUCUAAUACGUAACUUACACGCUGUUUUCCCUCAUCGAUUACAAUCGAUUGUGGAGAUUCGUCCUGAGAAUGAAUAUGAGAAAUUACUACGCUUAUCCAAUGAUUAUUGCCAAGACGUUAAUAUUAUGUCGACUGAACUACGUCCAUGUGGAGGAUUUUCACUACGUUAUGAAUGUGCGUGCGAUUUCUAUCAAUUACCCUGUAAUCGAACUGUACAGAGUAUUGUUGAUACGGUAUUUGCCCAUCGAAUAUCUCGGGAAUUUACAUUUCGAGAAUUUGAAGCUUUAACACAAAAAGACUGGCUGCCGAUAAUCAGUGCUCUUCGUUACAAUGAAUGGUUCACCAAAAUUACCAUCGAAAAUAUCAAACUAACAUCAGAAAAUCUUGAUGAGCUUUGCACAGUUAUUCGGUUGUGUAAAACAAUACGAAGUUUAUCUUUGAUCAAUUGUGGUCUUCGACAUGAUUUUUGUACUCGUCUUGCGCAUGCCUUACCCGUUACCCAUGUUGAGAAUAUCGACUUAUCAAACAAUGCAAUCGAAGAUAAAGGUUUGAUUGCAUUGAGUUCAACAUUACAACAACGGAAGCUACCACUUGUUUCCAUCAAUCUUCAAUCAUGCUCAAUAACCCAUAAGGGUCUACAUGUUUUUAAUACUGCGUUAGUUGCGAAUAAUAACUUAAUGAAAACCCUUCAAACUUUAAAUCUAUUCGGAAAUCGAAUCAAAGAAGAUAACUGUCUAACGCUACUCUUUCAAAAUUCUGACAAUGUUCUCGAAGAUUUAUACUUGAGCGAUCUAGAAUUUAGUCUCGAAUCCUUUUUCUAUACUUUGGGCACAACAUCGUGUAAACUUCGUCGAUUAUACAUAACAUCGGCGAAAUCAACUGUUUCUUCAUCGUUUACUGGCGGUGUGAAGUUGUUCUUCACCAAAAAUCAAACAUUAGAAGUCAUACAAAUAUCCAAUGCCAAUCUGUCAAAUGAAUUUCUUAGAGAGUUAUGUGAUGGUCUUCAUUCGAAUGUUCAUUUAAACAAACUCGAUCUACGUCUUUGUGGAAACCAAUUGGAAACAUUCAUACACGAAUAUGCCGUUCGAUUCGCAACUAUCCCAAAUUUAACGACACUAGAUAUUAGCGGAUGUGAUAUAGAUAACGAAAUUCCAACAUUGUUGAAUGAACUGAAGAAGAAUCGAAAGUUGAAAUCAUUGUAUAUGGGGAAGAACUUUAAUAAUAUUAAACAAAGAAAUAUGCAAAGGACAAUCAAUGCAAUGAAAGAUCUUGUCAACGAGAGUGAUUUGGAAUGCUUUUCAAUGGCUGAUUCGAAAUUGAAGGAAAAUGCCAUCGAUUUUCUGUCGAUCGUAACUCAAAAUGUUUCUUUGAAAGUGUUGGAUAUUCGAGGAAAUUUAAUGGGCGAUCAAGGCGCUCGUCUCCUAACGCACAUUCUUCAAAUGAAUCGUCAUUUACACACGAUACUUUUUGAUCGAAAUCAAUUAUCGUUGGCCAAUUUCGAGGACAUUGUCAAUUCAAUGGACGAGAAUUAUACUAUUCAAUAUCUACCUAUACCAAUAACGGACAUUAUUCUGAUGAAAAUUACUGAAAAAGAUCGCAUGGAAAAGGUUCAAUCGUUGAUGAAUAAGCUUGAUUCAAUUUGUACUCGAAAUCAACAGCAAAAAGAAAAUUUCACUACGGAAAAUUCACUGUUGUUAAUAACUGCAGCUAAUCUAACUCGAGAGAUUCAUUUAGCAUGGGAAAAUCAGCAGCAAUUGAUCGGCAAUCAAGCCUCACUUGAUUAUGUUUUAUCUUGUUCUAAUCGAUUGAAUAAUCACAAUCAUCCAACGACGAUUAAUAGCGAUUUAAAUUCAAUCUUAACUCGAACAGCUAACAUUAGCAAGAUUUCGGCUCAAUUAUAUGACGAAUAUGUGAAAGAAGAAGAACAAUUGAAAGACGAAUGGAAUGAACUGUGUAAAGUUUUCAAACAGAAAUUUAUUGAAAAAAACGAACGUUUGUCGAGAAAAUUCUAUCAACUGUUCAAAGAACAAACAACUAUCAAUUACGACGAUAAACUACAAGAACAAAUUCGAACAUACUUUGCACAUUCGAAUGAUAAUAUUGAUCAGUUAUUGACUAAAGAAAUAUCGAAUCGAGUCAUGAAAUGCUCUCGUGAAUGCUAUAUCAAUGUCUCAACAUGUCUACAAAAACGAGCGUACGAUACGACCAAUGAAACAAUUUCCGACAUGCAAAAACAAAUGGAAAUUGAUAUGUUUCGUACAAACGCUCCUCAACACGGAACCUUAGUAAUGGACGCACAACCACAUACCCCAACAUCAACCCUUGAACGUGUUGUUAAUCGUGGUAAUCAUGUUGUACAACGUUUAGCCCAUCGGCAUAAUCAACCGCAAGUUGAAACCACUGAUGAUACAUCUAGUAAUCGACAAAUAAAACCGAUUGAAUCGAGUGAAUGUCUGAGAGAUCCUUCACCAAAAUCAAUUCGAGCAGCAGCUCGCAUACCGAAUGAGCCAGAACAUCGUAUUCCAACAGCAACACAAAAUAGUAAAGGUCCCGUACCCACCUCACCUAAACCUGCCACAUCAGCCUGGCGUAAAUCAAUGCUAGUGAAUACAGCUGACUCGGAAACUAUGUCAACAGUUUCAGAAACAAUAUACGGCAAUGUUCAUAUUUCACAACGACUUAAGACCAAUGAGUCGUCCGUUGAAGAUGAAGGUGAUCUUAUCGAACAUGAUCUACUUGAUAUAGUCAAGGAAGAGGAACAAAAAGAGCAAAUGAAAGAGACCCCACCAGCAUUGCCUGUGAAAAAACGAACUGCUACAACUACUAGUAACGGACAAGAAAAUAAUCUUGACGUCGAUAUUGAAUCAACUCCAAAAUUAGUUCAUCCAGGCAAAGAUCGCCCUCGUCGUGCAAACGUUCGACGACCGAUCAAACGAUCAGUAAAUGGUGCUAACAAUGAUAGUUCAUCCGAUGGCGGUCUCCUAACAGAUGAUAAUGAUGACACGAGUGUCACGGACCCACCUAUUCAAACGCCGAAUGAAGUGACAACAACUAUUCCAAACAGUACACAAACGAACGAAUCAACACCAAAAUCAAGCAAAUUCAAAAAAACGAUUGCGAAAAUUCUUAAACCAGUAAUCAAAACCUCCAAAAAUCCAAACGAUGAGUCGACUAUCUCGUCAAGUAACAAAACACCUGUACCUCAACCACGUCCCCCACCAAUCAAUCCAAUGUCUAAGUCAAUGACUGUCGUCAAUAAUGAUCCAGCACAGAUAGUUAAUUUCGAUCCAUCGAACAGUUCAUCACUAGGCAAGCCUUCAAUGUCAACAAGUUUAUAUUCACCGGUCAUAUCAUCGACUAAUUCCGAGCAUAAAGAAGUCACUCAUUCAACCGAAUCGAUUCCGUCAUCAGUUCCACCAGUUUCAACACGAACAGGCAAAAUCGCUCUUGGCGCUCGGGUACUUCCUGUAUCUGAUCCUAGUAGUACUGAUGCACCACCAGUCAAAUUAAGACAUUUUCAAUCCGAGAGAAGACCAAUCGCUGGAGUCAUUUCAUCCUUAUCAGAAACAACUCAUACAUCCGAUACUAACGCUGGUAACAGUGUCGAUGUACCUACUGUUCCUUCUUCUUCACUAUCAACAUCUCAUACUGACGAACAAACCGAACAGUACAAACGAUUGCCAGUGAAGGAACGCGCUCGUAUGCUAUCGACAACACUGACUGCAAUGACACCGACCGAUAAGAAAACGUUGACAUCUACUAAUACAACGACAAUUUCAUCAUCAUCAACUCCACCGUAUACACCUCGUACGUAUCGACGACUAAUCGAACAAGUGAAUUUAUUCUGUUGA